AUGUCACACGCGAGCGAAGACGAUCUCCCAACACCGUCUCACCGGGUAUGUAUCCCUCGUGACCCCCGGCAGCAGGAUCUUGCCAACGGCGAAUGGCAGAACCACCCCAUUGAGCUGAUCGUGUACGACCUGGACACUCGUCGUCACCCCGACAACAACGGCUCCCUAGUCAAAUCCAUGCGUCACAUCCUCUAUGACCUCGGAGGGAAACUGCCCGAGGACAUUAAGACAAGUCGCGGAGAACUGGUUGUUUCAGCCUCACCUCCGCAUCCCGGCUGCCUGCAGAAAACAGUCCGCAUCACCUGGGCUCCGGGCAAGUGGAACCAGAAAGUAGACUUGGUGCGCGGCAUGGAGCUCGUCAAGAACGAACUGGAAAAGCUCGGUCAUGAAGUGUUCUGGGCCAACGCUGCCACGUCAGACUGCCGCACCGCCGUGCGAUUCAAGACCUGUCUCCCCGACAAGGGCGGCGUCAACAAUACGCCCCGGUGGCCGUUCCGCGAGCGCGAGCCCGUCGCCUGGAUGUGGACGUUCUGUCCCUUCGAGCUGUGCGAUGACGUGGAGAUCACCGUCGUCAAGGGCGACUUCAAAACGCGUUAUGCGGGCAACACGAUCGAGAUCCAGCUCAAGCGCCCAUGGAUGGUGGACAGAAUGGAGGACCUGGCGCAGACGGGCCAGGAGUGGUUCGAGCGGGACUACGGCCUGACCGGCUUCCACCGCUCCCCCGCCCAGAUCCCCAUCACUUAUCCGACCAUGAUUGCCUCGCCUGGCCACCUCGAAUUCGAUGUCGACGGCUCAUUGGCCGAGCUCCAUUGCUGGGUGUCAGCCUACAAUGAGGCCUUCCACACGAACGAAUGUCUCCUCAAGUCCGAGGACGGGAAAGAGGGCGUCAUCGUGCGAUACCCCAAGAUCACCAACUUGGUCGUCACGCCUAGUUCGCUCGGCCUCGCACAGUAUCUGACGCAACAAAAGCCUCGCGCUGGCCACCCUUUCGAGAUGCUGUACGAGUUGAAUGGCCGGUUUUUGUUACCCAAGUCGGAAGCUGAGGCGGCGAUAGAAAAGGAGAAGCACGAGGCGGAGAGCAAGAAGAUCGACACCAUCCUCCGACGUCUGAAGAGGAUCCAGGACCACCUCGGCAUGUCGGACAGCGAUGACGAGCCAGUCGAGCGCAAGAGGAAGCGCUGUUACUCGGAUGUCGAGACCGACUCGGACGAGGCUAGCGCCGAACCAAGCGAAGAGACAGCGGGUGGAUCAAGAAAGAGGAUGUUCGGGUCAGGACGGGCCCUAGCGCUCGAACCCUUGGUCUGGCCAAGUGAAGAAGACGACGAGAGCUACAUGCAGGCUCUGGAUGACUUCAAUGACCAAGCGGAAAGAGAUUCGGACGCAUACGGUGUUCAUGAUAUGUAUAACAAGCGUGAGAGGCCGACCAAUAGAACACCUUUGGAGCUCAACAGCGCAACUGGUCAUCGUCAAGGAGGCCGCUGCUGUCAGUCUGCUCUCACCAAGCCGAUCCGGCUAUCAAGCGUCCGGGGUCCCGGAUCAUCGGCAUUCAGCGACCGGCAACCCUGCAUCUCUCCGAGGUGGUGCGGGCAACUGGGCUCGAUCGAGCCCACUUCUCCUGGUAUCGCACUCUCCACCAUGUCCAUCACGCUGCAUCACCUGCGCGCGUCGCGCAGCGCACGCAUCUUCUGGGUCCUCGAAGAGCUUGGACUCAAGUAUGACGUCUCCGUGCACGAUUUCGGAAGCCCCGAGUGGGCGGAGUUGUCCCCGUUUGCCAAGGCGCCCGUACUCACGUACAAUGGCAAGAACCUGACCGAAUCUGCGCCCAUCAUUCUGCGCCUGCUCGCCGAUCACCCCUCGUCCAGCGUCCAGUCCCAGCCCACCGAUGACGACACGUUCUGGUCGUACUUCUCCGAAGGCUCGCUCAUGCUCUACGUCCAGCCGAGCGUGUUCAUCAAGAUUGGCCGCAAGCAGAUCUCCCGCGACAAGUCGCUCGGCGAAGACGCGCAGAAGGGCGCCGACGCCAUGGAGGGAUGGGUCCAGCAGUGGGCUGCCAAGAACACAAAGCCGGGAUACGAGCAGGCCGAGAAGUACCUCCAGGAGCACGAGUGGUUCUCUGGUACCGACAAGCCGGGGCUUGGUGAUAAGUCGCCGGCCAUCUCGGCGUGGAAGAAGAAGAUCGGCCAGCGGCCGGCGUACCAGCGUGCCAUGGCGCGGAUGCGCGACGAGGAGGCGAAGCAGAAGAAGGCCAAGGCAAAGCUUUGA